AUCUUUACUCUUCUCCUAGCUCCCAAAACCCCUCCAAGAAGUGAAGAAACCUUACCCAUCUGGAAAUUAAACAAACAUAUCAUCAAGAAAGAUGGAUGGGAGAAGGUCUCUGGGGGAGAGGUUAGAGCUGAGAGAAGAUCUAAUCAAGAAAGCCUGCAGUUUCUCCAUGAAAGCUCAUGACAAGUUCCCAGGGAAGCCUUAUCUGUACGAGAAGAGCCAAAGCUCAAACUAUGCGAUCUUCGCCUUUCCGGGGUUGUGGGCUGUGGGCGAUUGGUACAGCCACAAGCCCUUCGGAGAGACCAAGGUUAAUACUGCGUUGUUUCGCUUUCUCAAGAGUAUCGGCACUGACGAGGUUGCCGUGGUGAAUGCUGCGUUUUCUGCCAGAUUUGAGGAGCUCUUGGGGAAAACAUCACUCUCUUCUGAGGUGCAGAAGGCGGUAUCAGAUGGAAAGCAAAUAGUUUUUACAGGGCACUCAUCGGGUGGUUCUGUAGCCAUACUUGCAGCGAUCUGGUGCCUAGAAACGCACUUCUCCUCCAGACCGCUAACUCCACAAAGAUUCCCUUUUUGUGUAACUUUUGGUUGCCCCCUUACCGGUGAUAGGAUCUUCUCUCAUGCUCUCAGGCGAGAGGGGUGGAGCCGCUACUUCAUACAUUUUGUCACGAGACAUGACUUGGUCCCUCGUCUAAUGCUGGCCCCUAUUUCUUCCAUUGAACAAUGCCUGCAAACUUUCUUCGCUUUCAUUUCUCCAAAAUCCCGUGACUUCAAGAACGAAUCUGUUGCAGCGUUUACUGAUGUGUCAUCGGAUUUAUUCGUGACUGUCAUGAAGAACACUUGCUCAGUCACAAGCCGGGCUGCUUGUGUUCUCAUGGGAUCGACAAAUUUGUUGUUGGAGACGGUCUCUAACUUCAUCCAGCUCAGCCCUUAUAGACCCUUCGGGAGUUUCAUCUUCUGUACGGAAAAUGGACAACUGAUCCUCGUUGAAAAUCCAGAUGCUAUAUUGCAGAUAUUGUUCUUUAGUUCUCAGAUCACAUCAGAAGCAGAAGGCCCGGAGGUCGCGAAAAAGAGCUGGAAGGAACACCUUUGCUAUGAAACUGUAAUGCAGGGCUUAGAAGCGCGAAACGUGUUCGAUUUCAACAAUUUAGUAAAGCUUCCCUUGUCUUCGGAUUUAAGUCUAGACGAUGAAGCUGCUAUGCUCAACGCAGCCUCAUAUGAACUCGGCCUGAGCGCUCGAGCAAGGCUGUGCCUCCGUGCUGCUGGAGAGUGGGCCGAGCAGAAAUGGAAGAACAAGAAAAAGGUUGAUGAUAACAUGGGUAGCAUCAAAGAAGCGCUGAGCAAAAUUGCUGAGUACAAAACCAAGUGUGACGCCCGGAAAAUAGGGUACUACGAUUCCUUUAAGCUGCAGAAAACCACGGAUGACUUCAACGCUAACGUGAAGAGGUUGGAGCUAGCCGGGAUAAUGGAUGAGGUCAUUGAGAUGCUGAAAAGGUACGAGCUUCCGGAUGAGUUUGAAGCAGAGGCGAACUGGGUGAAACUAGGAACCGAGUUUCGUAGACAGGCUGAGCCUUUGGAUAUUGCUAACUACUACAGGCACUUGAAGAAUGAAGACACUGGACCUUACAUGAACAGGGCUAGGCCAAAGCGGUACCGGUUUACACAAAGAUGGUUGGAGCAUGCAGAGAGGAAGUGCGUGGGGGAGCGUUCAGAAUCCUGUUUCUGGGCCGAAGUGGAGGAGCUGAAAAAUAUACCAGUUCAAAAUAACUCGGGUGUAAUGGAGAGAAUUGGGAUCUUAGAGGAUAAAACAAAGGAAUGGUUUAGCAAUGAAUGGCUUGGCAAAGAUAUUUUCUUAGAAGAGUCCACCUUUGCCAAGUGGUGGAAAACUCUUCCUCUCAGUCACAGGCAAGGAUCUUGGAUCUCACAUCAUCUCACUGUAUAAAGAUUAUUACUCUGUCUCAAUGGUCUUUGGCAUUUCAAAGUUCUACCUUUCCAGUUUCUGUGUGAUGGGAAAAUAAUUGGCGAAUAUGCCGCCACAUUAUUGUGAUGCAA